GUCGACCUAUCGUGAGUUUCGCUUUUAAUUUAAACUCUCAGUAAUGCCUCCUAAAAAGCCAGCAGCAGACUUUGCUGAUCCACCUGCGCCGUCCUCCAGUGAAGCCGCGGAGGAAGCGAAAACAGAUGCCGCGGCGCUGCGUAAACUUACAGCUCAUCCUUCCACAGCAAUUAUGGUGAAAGAAGCACUUAAAGCGUUGGACACGCGCAAAGGGGUUUCAUCCCCAGCGAUCCAGAAUUACAUUAAACAGAAAUACCCCUCUGUGGAUUUGGUAAGGCUGAAGCACUUUGUCCGUAAAGCCCUGAACAAAGGACUGGAGACUGGCACGUUGGUGCGUCCUGCUAACUCCACUGUCACUACAGGCGCUAAGGGAAAAUUUAGGCUUGCACCAAAAGUCAAGGAGGCAAAGCCCAAAGCUGAGAACGUGGACCCCAAUGAGCAAAACGCAGCCAAGGAUGGAGCCAAGAAGCCCAAAAAAACAGGUACCACGAAGAAGAAAGACACUGCCAAUGAAGAGGCCAAGUCCCCAGAGGUGCUUCCCAAAAGGUCUAAGAAAGAAAAAGAGGCAAUCCCAAAGGCUGCUCCAGCAAAGAAGCCAAAAGCUAAAAAAGCUGCAGAAAAGGUUGACUUGGCAGUCUCUGAUUCAGCCAAAACUAAAGUAGCAAAGACCACCAACGAGGCGAAGGCAGGAAAUGCGACUCGGAGCAAGGCUGCUAAAGCAGGCAGCGACACUCCUGCUGCUAAAGCAACGGGGAAACGAGGAAAGAAGACUGCAGAGUAAAUUGUUUUUUUUUUUAUACUUUUUUUUUUUUUGUGUUUGUGUAAUAAAAUCUUAACUUUUGG